AUGGGUGAUCAGAAGCGUGAGUCAUUCCAAGCAAAGGACGAGGAAACGGUGGUAGCCUGGGGUGAGGCAUGCAGCGGCGGCAACUGCAGGCCGUGUCAGUCCAAGCUGGUUGGAGUGCAGAAGGUUUAUGCUUCCAAAGCUGCGUUCGCAGCCAUUCUCCAUGAUGGGUCCGUGGUUACCUGGGGAGAUUUCCGAGCAGGCGGAGACAGCACCAUUGUGCGAGAUCAGCUGGUGGAUAUACAGCACAUUCAGGCAGCCAGCAGCGCCUUCGCGGCGAUUCGCAAAGAUGGCAGCGUGGUGGCUUGGGGCCGGCCAGAUUGUGGUGGAGACAACGAUUCUGUCCCGGCUCAGCUUCGCAAUGUCGGCUCUUUGGUAGAGGCGUAG